AUGGGGGGAGAGGUAAAUUCAGAAUGGGUGUGGAAUAUAGGGGUCCAGGGGGAGUUCCUUGAGGUUCAGGCUGAGGAGCAAUUGGUUGAGUUAAACAACAUACUGUGUUUUAUUGCCCCAAAUUAUGAGAGGAAUGAUGAAUUCAUUUGGCUACCUCAAGGGAAAAAACCGUAUACGGCUGGUGGUGGUUAUGGGGUGAUCAGACGGGUGAUUGGCCAUCAAACGUUAAAUGCAGCGGCUUUGGAAGCGGCCAAUCAGAUUUGGAGAACGCAGGUUCCUUCGAAAGUACAAGUGUUUGGUUGGAAGUGCAUUCAGGAUAGAAUUGCUACAAGGGACCAAUUGGAGAAAAGGGGAGUUCAGUCUAAUAAUAUGUCAAAUUUAUGUUCUCUGUGUAAUGGCGAUAGUGAAUCGAUUUUACAUCUGUUUAUGUUAUGCCCUUUUGUAAAAUCUGUUUGGCAGCAGGUGUGUUCAUGGGCAGACAUAGAAACAAUCCAGGCAGUUUCGCUUAUUGAUCAUUUGAAGUUGUUCUCUGCUGCAGUCGAAAGAAAGGUCCCGGUGAAGAAGAAGCUCUUGUUGUGGCUGUCGGUCAUUUGGGUGAUUUGGUGUCGGCGCAACGCAGUGAUUUUUAAAAACGAAGAGGCUAUUGUAGUAGAUGUUUUUGAGCAGAUUCGGCUUUCUUCGUGGCAUUGGCAGUGUAUAGGUGUGAAAAUGAAGGGCCCAAUUAAUUUUUAUUUCUGGUGCCAAAAUCCUUUACAAUCAUUGUUAGGAUAA